GCGCUCGUACUCAUGUGGACGAGUAUAGGCCUCGCGUGCGCCGCGCUCUUCCUGGCGGGAAACGCUGACGCCGUCCUCUCGUCCGGACGAAAUGAUCGGGACCCCUGCUUGAGGAUUCUGCUCGACGUGGACCCCGGCGUAGACGACGCCCUUGCGAUCACGCUGGCGGCGAGACUCCAGAACGUGCGCCUCGAAGCCAUCACCGUGGUCGCCGGAAACGCCGACCUGCAAACCGGCUACAACAACACGCUCAGGACACUGAACGUCGUCGACCGAAGGGACGUGCCAGUUUACAAAGGUGCCGACCGACCGAUCGAUGGCCAUGGGCGCACUGAGAAGACGUACUUCGGUCCCGACAACUUCGGAGGCGUCAGCGCUAAGUACCCGAUGUCGAGAAACCCAGCUGCUGAUCCCCAGACUCCCGGCUACAUCAAAAUGAUCCAAGCGGUGAAAUAUAACCGAGGACAACUAACUCUCGUCCUGAUGGCCCCUUUGACAAACUUGGCCAUCGCGCUGCUCGCGGCACCCGAAAUUUCUGCGGGCAUCCGCCACGUAUACAUCUUGGGUGGAACCCUUUAUGUUCUCCAGAGCAAGGUUGCAAGGAAAGGCAAUGCCAGUCCUACUGCAGAAUUCAACUUUUUCACGGAUCCUGAAGCUGCGUUUAUUGUUCUUCAAAGGGCCACAUGUCCCAUCACUAUUAUUCCUUGGGAAGCAAUCCUUCAGGCAACAGUGCCGUGGGACACCUACUACAGCAUCACGAACAAGUCGGGCCGGCUUCAGAAGUUUCUGCGGGACACCACGGCUUACACUGUUCAGUGCUGCCUGAGCGGAGGCCAGAGUCCGGGCGGCUUCAGCGCGGGAGACUUCCUCGCGGUUCUCGCAGCAGCGGUCCCCGAGAGCGUCGCCCAGACUCUACAGCAUCGCGUGAACGUCGAGAGGUGCGGCGCGUACACCAGAGGCCAACUCGUCCACGCGUGGGAGCCCAAGAUCCUGCCACACGUGAGGCGCAACGUGACCAUCGUGGAAAGCUUCGACGUCGGCAUUGUCGAAAAGUACUUCAAAUACAGUUUCGACCCAACCGGAGCGUGA